AGGGUGGUUUGAGAGAUGACAUCAUUCCUCAUUUGAAUAAAUCCCAGCCGGGGUAGUGAUUGGUCAGGAGAUGGAGAAAGUCGAGUUACUUGGCUAUUCAUCCCUUUCAAUUUCACCCCCGCGCGCAAUGCCGUGGUAAAACCCUCUCUGCCUGUCCAUCCAUCCUGGCCAGUAGAGAGUGUGUGCGUGGACUGCAAAUCGCUUUUCCUUUCUUUGGAAGGGACGCGCAUCACUUCUGGAAACUGCGGUCGACAGAAGUUUCUUGGUAAUCUGGCUGCUGUAUUUUGGCCUGUUUCUCAUCUUGUUCGGUUUCAUUUUGUAAUUUGUUACACUUUGUAUUCGAGGAUACUGAAAGGAGUCGGAGGAUAUUGUCAAACACUGGGCGUAGCUGGAGAUCAAGCUAUAGCUAGCUACACUGCGUUGAUCAGACUCCACCAUCGCCUGAGUGCAGUUACAAUCUUCAGUCUCAAGCUCUCCAGCCCUCUGUAGAGACGGACAGCCAGGACUGAGGGAGAUGAAACCGGAUGGGGUUGCCACGGCAGCGAUGGAGCCAAUGGAACAACUGGAUGCCGAUCCGGUAAACGAGUCAGUUGCGAUGGGAGAGGAGCCUAACCAGGCUGCGCCGGCACCACAGACUGAGGGAGUUGGCCAGCAGGGAGAGAUGGGGCAGGGUGAGCCUCAACCAGAGCCAGCCCAGGUGGCACCCACCAAGACGGGGAACAGCAAGGCUACAGCAGACCCAAAAGCCAAGACCAAGGCCCCCGCUGCUAAGACAAAGCCUGGGACCACCACCACCACAAUUAAGACCAUGACCGGACCAGGGUCUCGACCCAACACCGCCCAGAGCCGACUGACCAAUGGGGUUUCCAAGCCACAUGCCAACGGAGUGGCCAAGAAGACCACCGCUGGUGCCCCAGAGAAGACCACGCCCAAGAGGCCCGUAGGCACAGCCGUUGCCCCUACCACUAAGACCACCGCCAAGGUUGGUGAGAAGAAGCCAGCGGGCACCACCCGCCCUGCCUCGGCUCCUGCUGCCACCAAUGGGGUGAAGGCCACCACAGGAACAGCAGCAAAGAAGACACCUGCGGCGCCAACUAAUGGUGUCAAAGGCACCACCACCGCUGCUAAGAAGCCCACAGCUCCCCGGCCUGUCUCUGCAGCUACCACCAAGCCCAGCACUGCCGCUGCUCCCAAGCCUGAUAGGCCCCCUGUUUCCAAGACAACCAGGCCUGCCACUGCUGCUCCAGGAUCUCGCCCUGCCUCUGCUGCAGCCAGCACAGCCACAGCCAGCACAGCCAAGAGCUCCACAUCCACAGCCAAGCCUGGCACCCCCACGGCUAAAACCACCUCCACCACUCCCAGACCAGCCUCUGCCAAAGUCGGCUCUACAACACCCUCUGCUGGACGGAUCCCAACAUCACAGCCCUCAAAAACCGCAACUCCCAUCAAGAAAGAUGUUACCAAAUCAGCCACCAAGAAGCCUGCAGCGGCUCCUCUCACUCGCACCUCACCAGCCAAGACCACCAAACCUGAGACUCCCAAAUCAGCCUCCUCGUCCAAGCCAGACUCCACCCCCAAGAAGCCGGCUGCCAGCAGCAAGGCCGCAGACACCAAGAAGACGCCAAGCAAGCCCACGCCUUCAAAGGAUGUCAGUGCUGGCCCCAAGACCCCUAGUAGCAAGCCAGCAGGGAAGGCUUCCACCCCUAAGAAGACUGUGGGUAGCAACACUCCCAUGGCAGUGAAGCGUGGCCCCAAGCCCACGAUGGCGGCAGAGCCCGCGACUAAAGAGGGUGAGACCCAGGACGCCGCUGUUGCUGCCACCAUAUCUGCAGCUGCCUUGGCUGCUGUGGUCUCCAUGGCAACCUCGGAAGAAGCAGUGGUGGCUGUGGUCCCAGAGGAGAAGGAGACUGUGACCCCUCAGGCCAGCCAGCCAGAGGAGGCCCCAGAGGCCUUUAUCUCUCAGCUGUCAGCUCAGCUGGACCUGGUCCCCCUGGAAGAGCCAGCAGACACAGUGUCUCCCCUGGGCACCACGGUCUUGUCUCCUCCAUGCUCCCCCACCGGGCCCAUGUCCCCGGUCAGGGAGCCCCAGAAUGACUCUGCUCUGCUGGACAUGCACGUCCAGCCAGAACCCAGUUCCCAGAACCAGUCUGCCAUGGCUCCACAGAGCCCGGUCCAGGAGGAGGUGAUAUUCCAGGCAGACUGCUGGGCCCAGAACCAGUCUGCCAUGGCUCCACAGAGCCCGGUCCAGGAGGUGGUGAUAUUCCAGGCAGACUGCUGGGCCCAGAACCAGUCUGCCAUGGCUCCACAGAGCCCGGUCCAGGAGGAGGUGAAGGUCCAGCCAGAUGAGCAGCAGGAGGACCUUCUCAUGCCCUCCUCUUCAGCCCCUCCUGCAUUCAGCAUAAUGUCUCAGCCCAUGGAUGAGUUCACCUCGGAGGUCCUGGUCUCUCCCUCUCAGGACCAGGAAGAGGCAGUGGAGAAGGCAGAUGAGGAGAUCAACGAAGAUGAUGACGAUGAGGAGGAAGAGGAGAGGACAGUGGGCAAGCCGACAUCACUGUUGGACAUGAGUAGCUCUCAGCCCUCAGAGGAGGCCAAUCCUGCAGGCUUCGGUGGUGCCACCGGUUGGCAUCGGGAUGAUGUCUUGUCAGGGAUGGAUUCUGAGGAUGUGAGCAGUAUGAGCAGCCGCCUGCAGGCGGCGUCAGAGUUGAGCAGCACCCAGCAUAUGGGCCUGCUGCAAGGUACCCAGAGCUCCGACGCCCUGGUAGACUCCAGCCUCAAGGGAGAAGGCUCCCCCGAUGUGGAGACACUGCUCAACGAGGAUAAUGAAGAUGAGGAGGAUGGCAAGGUGGGCAAGCCGACAUCAAUGUUGGACAUGAGUAGCUCUCAGCCCUCAGAGGAGGCCAAGCCUGCAGGCUUCAGUGGUUCCACCGGUUGGCAUGGGGAUGACGUCUUGUCAGGGAUGGACUCUGAGGAUGUGAGCAGCCGCCUGCAGGGGUCAUCAGAGAUUAGCAGCACCCAGCAUACGGGCCUGCUGCAGGGUACCCAGAGCUCCGACGCCAUGGUAGACUCCAGCCUCAAGGGCUCCGAGGGAGAAGGGGCCUUCAUGGGCUCCCCCAAUGUGGAGACCCUGUCCAACGAUGAGGAGGAAGAUGAAGAGGAAUAUGAGGAUAGCAAGGUGGGCAAGUCGACAUCACUGUUGGACAUGAGUAGCUCUCAGCCCUCAGAGGAGGCCAAGCCUGCAGGCUUCAGUGGUGCCACCGGUUGGCAUGGGAAUGACCGUUUGUCAAAGAUGGACUCUGAGGAUGUGAGCAGCUGCCUUCAGGGGACAUCAGAGAUUAGCAGCACCCAUAAUAGGGGCCUGCUGCAGGGUGAGGAGAUCAACGGAGAUGAUGAGGAGGAAGAGGAGAGGACAGUCCUGGUAGACUCCGGCCUCAAGGGCUCCGAGGGAGAAGGGGCCUUCAUGGGCUCCCCCAAUGUGGAGACCCCGUCCAACGAUGAAGAGGAAGAGUAUAGGAAAGUGUGCAAGCCGACAUCACUGUUGGACAUGAGUAGCUCUCAGCCCUCAGAGGAGGCCAAGCCUGCAGGCUUCAGUGGUGCCACCGGUUGGCAUGGGAAUGACCGUUUGUCAAAGAUGGACUCUGAGGAUGUGAGCAGCUGCCUUCAGGGGACAUCAGAGAUUAGCAGCACCCAUAAUAGGGGCCUGCUGCAGGGUGAGGAGAUCAACAGAGAUGAUGAGGAGGAAGAGGAGAGGACAGUCCUGGUAGACUCCGGCCUCAAGGGCUCCGAGGGAGAAGGGGCCUUCAUGGGCUCCCCCAAUGUGGAGACCCUGUCCAACGAUGAAGAGGAAGAGUAUAGGAAAGUGUGCAAGCCGACAUCACUGUUGGACAUGAGUAGCUCUCAGCCCUCAGAGGAGGCCAAGCCUGCAGGCUUCAGUGGUUCCACCGGUUGGCAUGGGGAUGACCGUUUGUCAGGGAUGGACUCUGAGGAUGUGAGCAUCCGCCUGCAGGGGUCAUCGGAGAUUAGCAGCACCCAGCAUACGGGCCUGCUGCAGGGUACCCAGAGCUCCGACGCCCUGGUAGACUCCAGCCUCAAGGGCUCCGAGGGAGAAGGGGCCUUCAUGGGCUCCCCCAAUGUGGAGACCCUGUCCAAUGAUGAGGAGCGAGUUGAUAUGGAUGUGAGCUCAGAGCGGGCAGUGGACCAGAACGUGUGUCAGCAAGAGGAUGAGGAGGAUGAGGAGGAGGAGGAUGAUGAUGAUGAUGUGGAGAUGCCCAGCGAAGGGGUGACGGAGAGUGGACUGGAGAGCUGUGGGAAUGCAGAUGAGGAUGACUACACAGAGGAGGACCGUUUGGAUAACCUCAACCGUUCGACCGUCCCACCUUCCUCAGCCUGGGGUCAGACAAACCCCUUCACUGACCCCUGGGCCCAGCCCCACCUCUCCUCCCCCCACACUGCCUCCAGCCCCCUGUCUGACCACGGGGCUGACGGCCCUGAGACGCCCACCCAGUCCUCUGCCCAGGCCUGGUUGGAUCUCAGUGCCCCCUCUCUGAUGCUCCAGUCAGAGCAGCCCUCAGAGCCCCAGACUGCCCCUGAGGAGAUGGAGAGCUCUUCCCCAGUGGAGGCCUCUGCCCCCCCAGACCCCCCUGCUGUGGGCAUGUCUCAGUCCAGCACCCUGAGUGGCACGGCCCUGGCCGUCCACAGCAGCAGUGAAACCAGCACUCCCGAGGAGCUCCGUGACUAUGACAGCAGCUCCGGGGUGGAGUCACGCUCUGACAAGCAGCAGACUCCCGUGCCAUCCAAUGUGCAACCUGACCUGGAGCAGGACUUGGGCAUCCAUCUGGAGCGAGGUGACGAGGAGGAGGAGGCUGAGACGCUCCCUGCUGACGAGGUCCUGGGAGCAGGCCCUCCUACUGCCCCCGCCUCUGCCCCCUCCUCCCCCUCCACCUCGGGAGACGAGGCCAGCGACACGGAGGGUGAGAUGCAGAUCAAUGACCCAGAUGUUCCCGUCACCAUGGAUGACAGCGCUGAGUUCGACAGUCCACCGUCCGCCCGUAUCCUGCCUGCCCUGGAAGAGGAUGAGGAGGUGGUGGAGGCGCCGGCCGGAGGAGAGGAGGAGGACGGGGGUGGCGGCACACCCCAGUCUGCCAACUCAGUGGCGUCUUACGGCUUCGACUGCACCAUGUCCAACUCCAACGCCCACUCCACUGCCGAGAGCUGCGGUAAGAGUCCCGGCAUCUUCUCCCUGGAGAACGAGGACCAGUUGCCCGAGGAGGCCAAGGACCCCUCCCUCAUCAAGGAGCUGACCCUGCCAGCAGCGGCCGCCCAGUCAGAGGAGCUGCUGGGAGGCCCUGUAGACCUGCUGCCCCUGGGCCAGCCUGGGGACCAACACCACUACAUGCUGGGGGGGAAGAUGGAUGCUGACGACCUGGAGGACACCCUCUGCCUGGGGCCCCAGGAUGCCGGGGAGGCCAGCGAGGGCCAGCCACCCUACUACUCUGCUAUAUGCGAUAAGACUGAUAGCUUUCUGGCAGGUAACGUAUAAGUCCCUACCCCUGGAAUGCACCUCUCCCCCCUUGUUGUUCUUAGUUUUUCUCUCGAGGUGGGUUAGAUGGUUUAGAAAAACAAGCAAAUGAUGGUAGGAAACAAAAAAAGCAAGGGGACCGAAAGACUGUAGAUCAGUGAAGCCUCCCUCUUUCAUACUACUAUUAUGGUUAUGAAUGUAUGGCACUACUUUAUAUGUACACUAGCUACCAUUUUCUAUUAGAAUGUUCUUUUUAAGUAACACUGCGUACUCCGUAACCCCUGAGGGGGCAUUGACUGACUGGUCCGUUGGGACAAAGCUCUUAAAAGAAAAGGAGUAAUGGACUCUACCUACAUGUGUAUUUAUCCUACUGUUUUUACCAAACAAAUGUCAGUUAUUUUGUUUUUGUACUUGUUUUGUUGGAACCCGGUCCUCCCUCCCCUAUGUACACGCUCCAUUUGAUCCUGCACCGUAGAGAUAUCUUACUCUCUUUUUUUACAAGUUUGUCUUGUUUUCAACAACAUUUUAGUAUUGAAUAAAGACUAGAUAUUUAACAUGGCUUUCCUCCCCUUAUAGUUUUGUUGAGGUCGGUAUGGGAGUGUUCAAUUUGAAGUUUGUCUAGUUUUAAUUUGCGCUACAGGAAGUUUGCCUCUCCCUGCAUAGAUUAUCAUGGCAAGUAAAGUUGUCAUGUACGGUGUUUUUUGAGGCAUCUGUUUUAAGUGUUCAUGCCUCUUAGUUGAUCAUUUGUGCUUCAGAACCAACUAACAACUAUUUCUGGGGGAAAAACGUGCAUUCCUCUGCAUUUUAGAAUGCUUUUCUCACUGAAACGCUUUUAGUGAUAUUGCAUAUUCCAACUUGCAUGUACUAACAUUGAAAUUGUAUCUGAUUAAACCAUUAUACAGUAGGGAUGUUCAUAAAUGAAUGGUUCACGCUAAGUAGGUUUUUCAAAAUUCCAUUAAACAUCAUUGCAAGGCA